AUGGCUCGCAGCAUCACCGUCGCGGCGGCCCAGAUGGGCCCGAUUCCACACGAGGCCGAGCCGGGCGGCGAGGUUGUGCGACGGGCGGCACUCGACCGCAUGCUGGUGCUGCUGGAGGACGCGGCCAGACAGGGUGCGCGCCUGGUGGUGUUUCCGGAGCUGGCGCUGACCACGUUCUUCCCACGGGCGCUGCUGACAGACGCGGCCGCCGUGGCAGCCGUGUUCGAGGCGGAGUCACCAGCGGCGAGCGUGACGUCGUCACCCCAUCUGCAACCACUGUUUGCACGAGCUGUGGCGCUGGGCGUCGACGUCAGUCUCGGGUACGCCGAACGAUGGACACCUGAAAACGGCAACGGCCCCUCGACCGACUUCAACACGGCCGUGUACUUCUCCGCGACCACGGGCGACGUCGUGGCCAAAUACCGCAAGGUGCAUCUGCCCGGCCGCACAACGUUGCUGCCGGCCGGCUCGGCCCAGCAGCUGGAGAAGCGGUACUUUGCACCCGGCGAUCUCGGCUUCCAGGCCUUCCGUGUGCCCGGACUUGUGGCCGGAGCUCGAAAGGCCCAGGACGAGGACAGGUCCGAUGCCGGCGACCCCAUCAUCGGCAUGCUCAUCUGCAACGACCGACGCUGGCCCGAAGCUUGGCGCUGCUAUGGGCUGCAGGGCGUCGAGCUCGUGCUCUGUGGCUUCAACACGACCGACUACAAGCCACAGGAGGCGGCCGUGCUCGGCGACGCGGCCGCUCAAGAGGCCCUGGCCCUGCUGCACCACCACAUCAGCUGCCAGGGCGGCAGCUACGCCAAUGCUUGCUUCAGCAUUCACGUGGCCAAGGCCGGCGUCGAGGCUGACGGCCCUGGUGGCGGCCUUAUUGCCGGCACCGUCAUCUACGAUCCGCUGGGCCGCAAGGUCGCCGAGUCCACCACCAAGGGCGAUGAGCUGCUGGUUGCCACCCUCGACCUCGACCUGUGUCGUCGCCAGAAGGAGACCAUCUUCAACUUUGCAAGCCACCGUCGGGUCGAGCAUUACCGCCGCCUCGUCGAUCAGGUCGGCGUUGUCGAGCCGCCGUUGCUGAGCCGUGAAGCUUACUUUGGUUGA